CCGUCCAGGUCCGCGCCCGGUUCGUGUCACGUGAGCUGCGCGCCCUGGCUGAAGGCCUGUGGCGUAGGCGGAGGCGCGCUGCGGGUUGUCGGGCCGGACGGCGAACGGGCGACAUGGAGGCCACCCUGGAGCAGCACCUGGAGGACACAAUGAAGAAUCCUUCCAUUGUUGGAGUCCUGUGCACAGAUUCCCAAGGACUCAAUCUGGGUUGCCGUGGGACCUUAUCAGAUGAGCACGCUGGAGUGAUAUCUGUUUUAGCUCAGCAGGCAGCUAAGCUAACCUCAGACCCCACAGAUAUUCCUGUGGUGUGUCUAGAGUCAGAUAAUGGGAAUAUUAUGAUUCAGAAACAUGAUGGCAUCACAGUGGCAGUGCACAAAAUGGCUUCAUGACAGCUUAUUUUUCAAGCAGCAUUGCAUAGAGCCUCAAUCUGAUCUAAUACUACUGUCUAAUAGAAGUAUUAAAGUUCUAGCUGUUGACCAUUCA